AUGAGAGUGGGGUCUUGGAACAUAGGAACUUUGACUAGAAAAACUGUGGAGUUAGCGAAGAUUCUCGAGAAAAGGAGGAUUAAUAUAGCUUGUGUACAGGAGACUAGGUGGCUAGGAGAUAAGGCGCGGGAUGUGGACAGGUUCAAACUAUGGUAUUCUAGGAAGGUGGGGGCAGGAACGGGUGCGUACACAUCCCAAGCAGGCUUGGAUGAAGAAGUCAAGAGGCGUUUCUGGGAGGAUUUGGAUGAGAUGGUGCGUGGUAUCCCGCAUACCGAGAAGAUUUUCAUAGGAGGAGAUUUCAACGGCCACAUUGGAGCGACGUCUAGGGGGUAUGAUGAUGUGAAUGGUGGCUUUGGUUUUGGAGAUAGAAACGAAGGAGGAACGUCUCUGCUGGACUUUGCUAGAUCAUUUGAUAUGGUGAUAGAAAACUCGAGUUUCCCGAAGAAGGGUGAGCACUUGGUCACCUUUCGGAGUUCAGUGGCCGAGACUCAGAUUGAUUAUUUACUCUGCAUGAAGUCUAAUAGAUGUCUUUGCACGAAUUGCAAGGUCAUACCGAGUGAGAACCUCUCAACCCUUCAUAGGCUCCUAGUCAUGGACCUUGAGAUCACGAGGAAGAGGAGGGGGAGGGCGAUGUAUAGCCAACAUAGGAUCAAAUGGGGAGCCUUGAUGGAAGCUAAAGCGCAGGAGUUGGGGGUCAAGUUGUUGACUAUGGGGGUUUGGAGAAGAAGUAGGGAUGCAAGCGCUAUGUGGACCUCGACUGCGCAGUGCAUUAGGGAAGCCGCGAGAGAGGUGUUAGGGGUCUCAAAGGGUAACUCUAGUGGUCACAAGGGAGACUGA